AUGGCACCCAAGCGCCCGGCCGCGGCGGCGGCGGCGGCGUCGGGAUCCGCGUCCGACGCAUCCGACGCCGAGGCCGACGCGCCCCACCACCACAACCACCCACCCUCCGACACCGACCCCUCCAAGACGCCGCCGCCCAACCCUAACCCUAAGUCCUCCUCCGCCGCCGCCGCCGCCGCCGCGCCCUCGGCGCCCGCCGACUCCGCCCCGGCCAGAUCCGACUCGGGGGGCUCCUACUCCGACUCCUCCGCCGCCGCCCGCCGCCGCCGCCCCGCGCCGCGCCCCGCCGCGCCCUCCCCCAAGCCCCGGCCGCGCUCCCCGGGCAUCAACUCCGACUCGUACGACUCGCACGCGGCCGCCGGCUUCGACACGGACCUCGACCCGGCGGCCGGCGCCGACUCCGACUCCGACUCCCACAACACCCCCUCCCCGCCCCGCCCAUCCGCGCGCCACAACCCGCGCGCCGAGGCCGCCAUCGUGAAGCCCAUCAGCUCCCGCCCCAUGGACCCGCCGCGCCGCGGCGGGGCCAAGCGGCCCCGCAGCGCCGCCGUGCCGGCCCCCCCACCCCCACCCUCCUCCGAGAAGCGCCCGGCCCGGCUCUGGAGCCCCGACGACGAGCUCGUCAUCCUGCGCGGCCUCGCCACCUACCGCGCCAAGAGCGGCGUGCUGCCCGGCUCCACCAACGACAUCGGCAAGCUGCACGGCCACAUCCGCGCCCACCUCAGCGUCAAGGUCUCCACCACGCAGCUCAGCGACAAGGUGCGACGACUCAAGCAGAAGUACCAGCUGCUCGCCACCCGCGCCAAGAACGGGCGCGACCAGGAGCUGCACACGCCGCACGACCGAAGCAUCUACGAACACGCAAAGAAGGUAUGGGGCACCAGGACCGGCAGCACUGCCGGCGACGACUACGACAUUGCUGCCGGUGACGGGGACAGCGAGGAGCUACCAGCUACCGAAAACAGCGACGACGACGACGACGGUAUGGACAGCGGCCGGGACGACCGCUACCGCAUCAAGAACCGCAAGCUGAUGCCGAUCGCCAUGGCGAACGGGCACAGCAUCCAACGCAGGCCUGCUCUACCUCCUCCCAACAGCAGGACCAAGACCGACUUCGAGAAGGGCAAGGACGCGUACCCCUACCUGUGGGAGACCGUCGAGGAGCUGGCCAGGGAGCACCCGAGCGGCGCCGCGUUCAAGAAGGCGUUCGAGGUGCUCGAGGGGUCGAAAGCGCAGGUGAUGGAGGAGAAGCUCAGGAAGUUCAGGCUGACGGAGAUCAGACAGCAGCUGCGCCGGAUGGACCUCAUGAAGGAUACGGUGAGGAUGGUGCUCGAUGCCCUCGAGAGGGCCGACUGAGCAAUGGGGCUGAUCCAUGGUGAGCACCAAACUGUUGAAAGGGGGGAAUCAAAUCAGUCUCUUUUCCGUUCUAGAUAGGGGUUUAUGUGGUUAAUUACUUACUCCCGUGGACAAGCUAUUGAAACUAGGCAUAGAACAAGGAGUGGUGGUUUCUCCUUGUUAUUUUCCAUGGAUCCUUGUAUUUUUGUGAUUCUUAUUAGGUGCUAACUUGUGCUUUAUAUACUAUAUCGAUCGUGUCUAUUUUA